GAAUUAACCCGGUUAGGUCUUUUGAACCGCGCCUUCUUACAAAAAGCCACAAGCACGAUUCCGUCUUUCGCCGCCGCCACCAACCCUCUCCUUCCCAAUCUUGAAAAUCAAUUUUCCGAUCUCCGCCUUGAUUCGUUGUUCAAUCCUUUGAAUUGUCGCCCGAUUCGUUCAAUUCGUUUCGUUCUCUCUCGAUCGACCCCUUUUGCUCCCCUCCUGCCGUCGAUUUUCGAAACGUAGGGUUAGGGUUCCAGAUCUGCAAUCUACGACACCUCUAAUCCACCGAUCCUUCACAGUUUCGCCUUCGAAUUGUCCCUUUGUAAAUUUACCCUAUCGAUUUCCCUCCAAUUUUGCAGAUAAUCGUGCUCCGGUCUCGUCCUUAGGGUUUUGAUUUUUUUCGGUAAUUUUCGAUCUGCGUCUGAUCGUCCGAUUCUUCGAAUAGGUAGAGGGGUUUCGUUCCCGGGGCUGUUACCUUCACGAAAAAUCCCUUUUUGAUACGUCAAUUCGUUGUUUGAUAGGUGAAUUCGAAAUCUAGGGUUAGGGUUUUUCAGACAGAAAAUUGGGGGCUCUAUCUGCCAAAUUGGUUUGGGGGUUUCGUCAAUUGGCUUCUAUUGAGCGUUCAGUCGGUAAUUCGGUGUCCCUAACGGCUAAUUACUGCUCCAAUUGUCCAAUUUCGGUCGGAGGCUUGUGCGUGAAAAACACCUAAGGUUGACAUGGGAUAUAAGAGGCUAUUUGAUGAUACUGAUUUCCAAGAGCUCCCCUUAAAGCAAGCAAGACAGCUGGACUUCAGCAAUAGAUCUACUCAAUUUGCUGAAAACUUGCCGUAUAUGAGUUCUACUAAGAAUCCUGAUUCCUCAGUUAACCAGGACAAUACGAAUGGCAAGCCUCUGUGGUAUGAGGUAUCUGAAAAUGCUGUUGUGCCCAAGAAUUGCACUGAUGAGGAUGUCAGCUUCAAAAUAGCAGCUUGCUCGUCCUUAUCUCCUCAAUAUCCCAAGUAUAAGGGAUCGUGGGAAUGUACCCCAUUCAGCAAUGCCUAUAUUCCUUACUUUGACCGCUUCCCAAGAAAGCAAGUUCCUCUUGGACAAAACCAUCAAGCCAGCAUUCCUCCACUGUGCCCUAAUGUUGAGAAGCACAAGAAAGGGUCUGAAGAAUCAUCUGAGCCAAAUGCUAUGUUGAUGUCAUGUAGCGACGAGGAGAAGAAACUAAUGGGCACUUGCAUCCUUCCGAUGCCAGACACGAAAUCUUUCUUCCUUGACCAGGUUGGCCUUAGUGGAUCUCAUUGUUGCUGCCUAGAUGCAGGGUCGUUUAGAUGUGUGCAACAACAUGUAUCGGAGGCUCGGGAUAAGCUGAAAAAGUCCUUGGGUCAUGAGAAUUUCUCGAGCUUAGGGUUUACUAACAUGGGAGAAGAGGUAGCAUGGAAAUGGACCGAGAAUGAAGAACGUCUUCUCCAUGCUGUUAUCUAUUCCAACCCUCCGUCCUCUGGUCAGAACUUCUGGAACCACCUUACACAAGUGUUUCCUGCUCGGCCCAUGGACGAAAUAGUAAGCUAUUACUUCAACGUCUUCAUGCUCCGAAAGCGGGCGUCUCAGAACAGAUCUGAUGCCCUGGACAUCGAUAGCGAUGAUGAUGAAUUGCAUGGUAUCGAUAUAGGCUCGUAUGAAGGUGAAGAAGAUUCAGAAGAAGACGAUUCCGGAGUUGAAUCUCCUGUUGAGGAUUAUAGUCGUCGAUUGAACCGCGGUGAGGAUAUUGUUACUGAAGAUGAUGAUGACGAUGACGACGAUGAUGAUGGUGAUGGCAAUGGAAACGGUGAUAUGCAAAAUUGUUGCUAUGAUGAUUUUACAGGAGAUGAAAACUCAGGAGGGGUUGAUUACAUCUCGGAGGGAGCACCAUGUGGUAAGAAGUCAUUUUCUGGGAACAUGUACGAUAAUGGGUUCAAACAUGCGCCAGAGAAGUAUGACGAUGAUCAUACUGCUGUCCAAGAUGACUCGUGCACGUCUUUUGAGUUCCAAGCGGAUAAAGAUAAUCCUUGUUACCACCUGAUAGAGGAAGGGGAGGCUGCUGCUCUUCAUGGGAGCGGAGUUGAGGAUGUUUAUGCCAACAAUUGCUCAAGUGGUGGUGAAGUGGAUGCGUGCAGCUACAUGAUGGAUGUGGUGCCCAUGCUGGAUUUUCGUAAUGAUGUUUUGGGCAGACUAUACUCCAGUCCUGGAAAAUGCCGCACAGAAAAUGUCUCUGAAGAUUACAUGGUUCAAGAUCACUCAUGCUUGCCUUCUGAAGCUGUUGGGGUUGCAGUAGAAGGUGGUGGAGUUGAGAAUGGGGUAGCUACUGGCAAGGUAAACACUGGGUGUAGUGAUGCGAUGGAUCUGAUACCCAUGUUGGAUUUUCGCGAUGAGAAAGCUUGGGAUGCUAUUUUCCCGGGUUCUGUAUAGGGGCUUUGGUUUCUGCGGAUCAUCGAUGGUAGGUAUGAAAUAACCAGGAGGACUGAGCACAUUCAUCCGUUGUUGCACUAAAGCUCAGUGCAACUUGUGGGAUGGCCGAACUCUAAGUGGCCAGGAGGAAGAAACUGGAAAAUACUAAAUUGUAAAAUGGGAAGAAAUCUGUUAAUUCUUUUUUAUUUCCUUUCUUUUUGGCGCUCAUUUGAAUUCUUAAUGUGGCCUGCCACCUGCCUUCUGUUACCAAAAUCUAUUUUUCCAAAUUUCCUAAUCAAUAUAUAAGUGGAGAAUGACCUAAAAGAGAAAGGUAUUGGAAAAACUGAUUGACCCAAGAGUUAAGCUGUUUGGUGAUCGUUUGGAUGCAUAUAUUAUUAAAUAAUGUAUUGUUUUUUUGAAUUUUUGUCACAAACAAUAAAUGUAUUGUUUGAUGUGACACAAACUAUGAGUGAUGGUUAAAUCU